AUCUCUAUUCAGGAGCCGGUUCUCUCGAAAUCGUUUCCCGCCUUUCAAUACAGCAGUCACGUUAGCCUACAGGCGCCCAGUGGUCACAUGUGGGGUACUUUUAAGAUGGAGAAAGAGGACGGAAAUACGUUUGACUGUCGAAUCCCUCCCUUCACGCUGGAGAGUAAGCCCGACGCUAGCAGUCCGUCGCCUAACGCUAACACUUAGGGCUAACCCAUAAUAAAGAGUUUAUGUAUUAAUUUAUAUUUAAAUAUAUAAAUAUAGAGAACAAUUUUUAACAAAUAUUGUAAAUUUUAAGUCAUUUAUUAAAUUCUUUAAUUGUUAAUAUUAUUAAAA